AUGGAAUCAGCGAUGAAUGUUAUUAUUCGAAAGUUAAUCGUUAUGUCGAGUUCUCUGGAAAUUAUUAAGGUUUUACUCAAUGAUCAAUCGUUCAAAUUCGAUGAUAUAAUCGCAAAAAUCUAUGCUCAUGUUCAUGAAAUCGAAAGUGAAGAAAAUCUCAAAAAUUUGGCACAGAUCAUAGCACAAAUUAGUAUCGAUAAAGAAUGUCUUUCCGCGACUGAAAAGCAUUUGCAGAAAAUUUCGGAUCGUACAAGUAAUAUGGCAAAAUUCACCGGAAUCGUUAUCAAAGAAAUAGCUCAUUCAACUAUGCAUUCAUACCCAGGUUAUUAUGGCACGGUCGGUUCCGGCCGGUUAGGUUCGUUUUCCGACCAUUUCCUUGCCGCAGGAAUCGACUCAGAUUUCAACGGAUCCAGUCGCCGGAAUGAUCGACCUGGGUAG